ACUUUAACCCGUUUUUGUGUAUUCGGCUCGUAUAAAUGAUCCUUGAAGCCUAUUUUAUGCGGAAAAAAACAAUGUCAUUGUCAGAGCCGUAAAAUAAGUAUUUCAAAAUUGAAUGUCAGACCAAUUUUCAAUAUUUUUCAUUGCGAGAAUAAAAUAAACAUUCCAAGUAUAUAAAAGUUACAAAAAUCAAAAUGAAUGUGAUACAGGCAGUAAAGAUGUAUAUAACAAAGAUGACGGAGGAGAGCGGGCCAGGAAUGAAAGUUAUUCUAAUGGAUAAAGAAACAACAAGCAUAGUUAGCAUGGUAUUCAGCCAAUCGGAAAUCCUUCAAAAGGAGGUGUACCUGUUUGAACGCAUCGACAGCCAUUCUAAGUGGGACAACCUAAAACACAUGAAGUGCAUCGCGUUUCUGAGGCCCACGUCCGAGAACAUUGCAUUAUUGUCUAGGGAGUUACGGUAUCCGAAAUAUGGAGUUUAUUUCAUAUAUUUCAGCAAUGUGAUCUCCAAAGCGGACGUGAAGACCCUCGCAGAGUGCGACGAGCAGGAGACGGUGCGGGAGGUGCAGGAGGUGUUCGCGGACUACUUGGCCGUGGACAGGCAUCUGUUCUCUUUCAACAUUGUAGGCUGUCUACAAGGUCGCUUAUGGAACCAAGCGCACCUCCAGCGCUGCUCUCAAGGCUUACUGUCACUGUUACUAUCCCUCAAACGGCGUUGCGUGGUCCGCUACGAAGCGGCUUCGGAGCCCUGCGCCAGGCUAGCGGAACGUGUACGCGAUCUGCUUCGGAGGGAGGCCGUGUUGAUAGACAACAACAUACCGUUCAACGGGGAGAUUCCCACACCGCAGCUGUUGAUAAUUGACAGGCGGGAUGAUCCUGUCACACCGUUAUUGAAUCAGUGGACGUAUCAAGCCAUGGUGCAUGAGUUGCUCACCAUCAAUAAUAACCGGGUGAGUCUGGCGCACGUGCCCGAUGUUCACAAGGACUUCAAGGAGGUGGUAUUGGCUUCUGAACAAGACGAGUUUUAUGCUAAGAAUCUGUAUUCGAACUUCGGCGAAAUCGGUCAGACCAUGAAAUCUUUGAUGGACGAGUUCCAGAAGAAGGCCAAGAGCCAUCAGAAAGUGGAGAGCAUCGCUGACAUGAAGAACUUUGUUGAGACUUACCCCUUGUUCAAGAAAAUGUCCGGCACUGUGACGAAGCACGUGACGGUGGUGGGCGAGCUGUCGGCGGCGGUGGGCCGGCGCGGCCUGCUCGACGUGUCGGAGCUGGAGCAGGAGCUGGCAUGCACCAGCGACCACGCCAAACAUCUGCAGCGCCUGCGCGCCCUGAUCUCCAACCCUUCAGUGUGCGACCACGACGCGGCCAAGCUGGUCGCACUGUACGCGCUGCGGUACGAGAAACACGCCAGCAACGCCCUGCCCGCCCUCACGGAGGCGCUGAAGGCGCGGGGGUGCCCGGAGCCGCUGGUGAGGGCCGCGCUCUCCGUGCUGGAGUACGGCGGCGCGCACGCAAGGCAGAGCGACCUGUUUGGACUGCAGGACGCCGCCAAGAUCACUAAAAGACUGUUCAAGGGUCUCCAAGGCGUAGAAAAUAUUUACACACAGCACACGCCCCUUCUAAAAGACACAUUGGAAGACCUAAUAAAAGGAAAGCUCAGAGAAAAUCUAUAUCCUACCUUGGGAGGCGACGAUAGCGGCUACGGCCGGAAACCGCAAGACAUCAUAGUUUUUAUCGUAGGUGGCGCCACUUACGAGGAGUCGUACUGCGUCCAUCAGAUAAACCAAGCGUACCCGGGUGUCAGAGUAGUGUUGGGAGGCACGACUAUACAUAAUUCAACGUCGUUCUUGGAGGAGGUGAAGGCUGCGAUGCAGGGCGUGUAUAGGACGCAUACUAAGCAUAUUAAAAAUGUUUAAAUGUUAUGAUCGAGACGGUAGAAGAUAGAGAAAUGCCGUGUGGUUCCCGGCACCAAUUAAGACAGUACCAUUCCAUCUCUUUCCUAUGGAUGUCGUAAAAGGCGAGUGAGGGAUAGGCUUAUAAACUUGGGAUUCUACUUGUAGGCGAUGGGCUAGCAACCUGUCACUAUUUAUAUCUCAAUUUUAUCAUUGAGCCAAACAGCUGAGCGUGGUCUAUCAGCCAUUCAAGACUUCUGGCACUGUCUACCCCGCAAGACGUGAUUAUAUGUAUGUAUUAAAUAGAUCCUUUUGUACAUACUGGUUUUUGAUAAGUCUGAGAUGGACAUAGACACAAAUUUCAGAUGCCCCUGCGCAAGGAUGAAACGCAAAAUCGCGAAACUUUCCACAUUUUUGUAUAUGUAGGUACGUCCUUCGCCUACAUAUACUAAUCUAAAUUAAAUAAAAUAGACAAUUGGUCGUGGCGUGCAAAUAUCUUCCUUUCAUUAACAAAAUGAUUUCGACGUAAAAUUUCGCCAAAGUAUAAAAUUAUUAUUUGAAACUACUUAGAGAACAAUUGGAAGGCUAAUCCUAAAGAAAUACCAUUCCAUUAUCUACUAAUUUGAUUGUUCCGGUUGGGCGCAUUAUGU